CCUGCUGAACGUCCUGCUAGGCAGAAAUGUUUCUAUUUUAAACAAAUUAUUUUACUAAAUGAAAGAAGGCAAGAGGUUUUAAAAGUUACUAAACUGCAGGACAUUUGAAACUGGGAUAAAAGCAGAAGAAAGUGACAUUUUUAAUCAAAGUUAUCCGUGUUGCAGUAAAUCUGGACCGAUUACGACGACCUGCAGCCGUUUCUCUGGGUCAGGAAACCAGAACCAAAACGUGACACGAAGCUUUGAAACGGGUCAUCAGCAAACACACAGUCAGAAAAGCAGUGGAACCGGUCCAUCUGGACCCAGUGGUUCCACAGAAAGAGCCUGAGGUGGGAGCCUUCAGGUUCCCAGCAUGUCAGCAUUUGAUCUGCAGCAUAAUUACUGCCUGGCUCAUGAAGGAAUGUGCAGCCGUUAAUCCAGUCCAGACAUGUCAAAGUUCUGAUCAACAAUCAGGGCCGAUAUCUGAUAAACCGACAGAAGACGAAUAACUAAAUCCAUAAUCAAUGCAGCCUGAGUGCUGCAGAGCCACCAGGCUGACCAGGUUGGAUUAAAACAUUUGUUCUUAAACCGUCUUCAGAGAUCUGGACGGACUUGAUGGUGAUUCAGAACUUUGGGAAACUAAAGGAUUUAGUUCCUGCAACAUUUCAGGAUCAACACAAAGCAGCAGUUUUUGAGCUGAGGGUUCAAAGACAUCAUGUUCAAAGCUGCAGCCCAGGCGUUCGUCAAAAGACUGACAGCUGACAAGCGUUUCGUUCCCAAUGAAGAUCCAGACACAGAAUUAGACCUUCUGACUUUAGUUAGAAUCAAGAAGGGCAGUUUCUGGACUCAUCCCAAGUACACAGUGCUCAAGUCCACCUUACCGAAGCUUGUGGGGGACAAGACGUUUUCACCAGCUGAUAAGGAUGAAGAGAUGGCGGUGGACUUCAGGACAUACAGAAUGAUCGGUGGGAACGUCCAGGUGAAGGCAGGAGACGUUGCUGAUGCUGAGGCAAGCGCUGAUGUUGUGGAUGCUAUGAGUUCUGCUACCAUCAAGAAAAAGAUGGUGGAUUUUGAUUGUGUGAGAGAGACUUUCAGGGGCAAGAUGAUUAAAGACGACGACCUGAAGCAGCUGAAGCUGAACAAAAACUACACACUGGGCUUUGUUUAUGAGAGGGCUUACAACACGCAACCAGUGACACUGACCAGUUCAACAAGCUGUGAGGGGAAAGUCUCAGGGUUGCAUAACAGCCUGCUGAAUGUGGGUGUUGGGAUGAAGGCGGAGGUGUUCACCCAAUACAAGGUACCAGAAAACAGAACCUUUGCUUACAGCCUGGUGGAGAUCACACUGAACAAUGGGAAGAUCGAAAUCCCUUUAGAAACCUGGAUUCACAAAAAACGUUUGCUCUCUGACGCCAUAGACCACGAUAUCCUGGAAAAAGCUAUAGAUGGGAUUGAAAUGAAGGAAAAUAUUCUGAAGCUGAUUGACAAACUUCCAGAGUCGACUGGUGGAGAUCUGCUGAAAAAGCUUAGAGAGGUUCUGGAGGAAGACGAUGCUCUGAGUGAGCUGGAGGACAUACUGAACGAAAGCAGUGGGCCUCCUGUCUCUAAGACUGUCUCUUCCUUCAUGGACAUCCUGGACCAAUCCAAAGCCCCCAAGGCGAGGGACGGUCUUUGUGUUCUGGUGGCCGCCUUGGAUGUUCUGCCUCUGCCACUGCAGCGAUCUCUGACCUCAGGAAGUCCCGAGUCUAUCACCGUCCUCAACCAGCUGGUGGAAAGUCUGAAGGACAACGAUGAACCCACGCUGACCGGUUCUGUCCCUGCCGCCCUGCAGCCAGAUGGAGAUCUGCGUUGGGCCGCUGAUCUCCUCUGUUCCUCUGAAGAGACGCUGAAGACGCUGACUGAUCUCUUCGAUCUGCCACCAGAGGUUCUGCUGGAGGUUCUGGCUCUGGCCGUGAUGGGAAUCCACAAGCUGCAGGGCGGAGAGUAAAGCUGGUCCUGCUGGUGGACGUUUCACACUUUAAAUGAGGGAAAUAUUUUUUAAAUUCUGGGCCACUUCCUGUUGUGUUUCCUGUCACAGCGCCACCGUCUGUCAGGGAGGUUAAAUAACACUAAAAACAAUGAGCUGCUUGUGUCUAAUUGCCUGAUUUGUUCUGAAUGAAACUUUGACUUUAAAAUGAAAACCAAUCUACUGUCUUUCUCCUCUCAGUGAUUAUUAGAGAGAUUAAAACAUGAAACGGCUUCACUGAAUUUCUCCAUGAACUAAGAAUCAGCUUCAUUCAGAAAGAAAAACAUUCAGAACCGCGUUGUGAUUAUCAUCAAUGUCGAGUGAACGAUUCAGAGACUGAGAUCCAGACAGAAGUCAGGGAGCAAAAACCAUCUUUAAUGCACAUUGAUGGACUGAGAGAAAAUCUGCUCUGACCAACUCAGAGUUACACAGUUAGUUUUUACGUCUCUUUCUCACGUAACAAAGACGGAGAUUUAAUCCUCAAAGAACAAAGCAAAGAAAGAAAAAGGCAGCAGACCAUCGGAACGGUUCAACCUUGUGUCCACAAGCUUAUGAUCGUGUUUACAGGAUGUGAAAACUAAAGUCCAUUUCCUGAGCAGACGAGGCCAAAGGAAGAACGAGAAGUUCUGCAGAAACAUCCUGUUGGAUUAGUUUUCAGUUUCUGACAGAAAAACAUACAGUAACAUUAUAUUCAUGUGAUACAUAAAAGCAUCAAUGUGUGAUGCAAAUAAAACAUUUUUCUCUUUUAUGGAAAAUCUACUUCACAUCAAUCAUACGAGCAGCGAGAACCAGAACCAGAACCAGAACCAGAACCGCUUCCAGAACUGCACAGAAUCUCAUGUCCUCCAUGUUGAUGUUCUACAUUACAGAAAGAGAACAAGAUGGCUGCAGCUGAGACCGGUACUGGACCCGGUACUGGAACCGGUACUGGACCCGCUACUGGACCCGCUACUGGACCCGGUACUGGAACUGGUACUGGAACUGGUACUGGACCCGCUACUGGACCCGGUACUGGAACUGGUACUGGAACUGGUACUGGACCCGCUACUGGACCCGGUACUGGAACUGGUACUGGACCCGGUACUGGAACUGGUACUGGACCCGGUCCACUAGUGGCACCAGAGAGUCCGACCCAGCUCUCUGGUCAUUUCAGUGGUACUGUAUUACAUGGUCAACACCGAGGUCCAACAGAACCAGAACCAGAACCGUGGUUCCCUCGGGUACCAGCUGUAAACUGAAACUCUUUACUUCCUGUUUCUACCUCAGGAAAAUAUCUUUACAGUAUUUGUGCUGCUGUGGUAAAAUAUCUUGCAUUAAAUCCGUUUUCAUCGUGGUGAACUGAACCGUCGGGAUCCAUGGAGUUUCCUGGAUCUUCAUCCUUCCUGUUGGUACUGGACCCGGUACUGGAACCGGUACUGGACCCGGUACUGGACCCGGAGCUCGGAUUCCUAACCUCCUGAUUUAACCCCAUUAAAUGAUUAAACCCA